CUUCUGCUCGAGCAAGAUUACUUUUCACCUAUGAUUUCUCGGCAUGGCCAAUUACCGUGUUCGGCGAUCGCGAGAGACACGCAAUUGGGAGAUAUUGCCUUCUCGACGAUCGGUACAAUUAGCUCGCCUCAAACGCGUGCUAAUUCACAGCGAAACGCAACCGCUCCAUUUCUCCGUUCGCUCUUCUCGCCCGUUUUACGUAAUUUCGUGCGUGGCGCGAGCUCGUAAAGAAUUUACGAGACCAGGCUACGCACAUGGACAAAUCACGCGGAAAGAGCGGAACGUCCACCAUGAAACGAAAUAAAAUUUCUUCGCAUUCCACCAUUUCCUUUUACGGCCUACGCUGUACCGGCUGUAAAAUUCAACGGCGCGGUGGCGCCGUGAUAAGUCGGGGAUGAAACGACCAUGCCACCCUUUUUAUUGCCGCUUAUUUACUCUAUUUCCGAGCGGGACGAUUCGCACCGCGAUUCUGCGACCAGAGAAUUAAUUUUGAUCCAGCUCCCUUUUGAUCCAGAGGAGAAUGAUCUCGUAUGAUAGAUCACGAGGUUUCUAAAACAUCGGUCUGAGCCAUAGUGAAUGGAAUAAUUCUAGAGCAUUUCAGUGCUUAUUAAAUAAUGUGAAACGUAAAGCGGGAAGUCUCUUUAACACGAAUACUUUCUUCUCGUUUUGUAGCUUUAGUAGUAGUUUUAACUCUGAACUGCGUUACAAUAAGGAAGCGACUCCAUCUUUCAAUAAUAAUUUGAAUAUACCAACAAAAAUCAACUCAAAAUUAAUAAAAAUCAAAUCGCUUUUUAAGCUGCGUUAUGAAUUUAUAGUUAAUUAUGAUUUGAAUACGAAACCUGUAUCCUUUCCAUCUUUUUACAUUAUAUGAACAAACUAUUAAAAAUUUGGUAUCAAAGAUUACAGACAACGCGAUAUGUAGGUCGAUCUUAUGUGGGUAGAUCAAAGCAAACUUGUAAAGAACGUCUAUAACACCUGUCAGUCACAUUGUCGUUCCGUUUCUCCUCUACAAAAAAUUGUGCACAAUUUUUUUCUCCGCUUUCGUUUGCUUGUACAGAACGUAAAGCUAUUAACAGACAGCUGACAAGGCACGUGAAGCAACGCACUUUAGUUUGCACCUAAAGUCGAACAAAAGAUCAACGAAGAUCAACCGCACGAGGAGCCAUCAGAGAAAAUUUCAGGGUAAUAAGGCCGCGCGUGAAACCAGUUCGUUCUGUUUUAGAGGACCACUCGUAGUAUCAUGUGAAGACGGAAGGAGCGAGGAACGUUUCUCGCGAUCCCGGACGCGGUGAACUUGUCGAUCAGUUUCACACGUCCUCUCAGAUCACGGUUCCUGCGAUAUUGACAAUCGGAUAAGGCGAACGGAAAUCUUGUAAAUCUGUCGCAUUAUCUCCCGAGUAGCUUAUUUCCAGGAUGUCUUGUAUUCAUUAUCGGCAAGCAAACCCUCCAAAAGAAAGAAAUUACUUCGAUGGCCAAUACAAUCGCUAUGUGGCUCACUCUUACUCGCCGAGAGUCACGACUCCGGAGUCUUAUAGAAGCGGUUAUUGCGCCGGAUGGAGGACGCUGGAAUUUCAGGGAAACGGCGCCGAAAUUCCGACGACAGGUAAAGUGGAGCAUUCAAAACGAAAGUUGGCCAAUCGAUCUAGCUAAUAAAAUUCUUGAAACGUACACGUGUGCAUUCGUCCAUGAAUAAGGGAAUGAUCCAUUUGAUACUUGAAACAUCUUCUCGAUGUCGGCUGUUGUGAGCAUUAUCCAUCCCGGCAUCGAUCGCUCGUUGAUGUACUAUUCCCUCGAAAUGUUUUCAAUGUAUACUGCUUUUGACAAAUAAUAUUCAUUUUUUCACACAAACGGUAUAUAUUUUGCGUUUUACAAGUUACGUAGGAUGUUUGCUUACCUCGUGUUAAUAAUGUUAAAAUAAUAAUUUUAUAGAUGCAAGUGUAAUACGGAGUAGAAUGUUUCUUAGUAGAAUAUAUGGAUAAAGGCUUAGCUUUUCUUCUGUAUUUUUUCAUAUACUUCUCAUUUGGUGUUUUUGGCAUAAGUUUUAUAUUUUCGUCACCAAUAAUUCCAAGAUUAGUGUUCGUUUCAUGCAAGUGUUAGGUGGUUGCGAAUAACCAAUCGCUAUUGUGAAACUUGUGAACAUAAUAAUCAAGACUGCGAAUAUCGAUAAACCCAUUUACGUAAUAAAUUACAACGAACGUUCUUUAUCAAAGGAAAUUGAGAUCUCCGGCUACAAUGAAACGCGUACAAUUUAUUAAAAUGGAAAUUUUUCUUCUUUCUUUAUCUUGUUAGCGAGGGGUGAUCUAUCGUAUGGAGACGCCCGAAUGCAAAGCGGAAGGAUGACACCGACGUUAAAGCAAGAGACAAUGAAACACGGGGACACGAUCACGCUCGAAAAGAUACAAACGAAAAUCAAGUUCCUCGAGGACAGCAAUAUAGUUAUGCAGACGCGCAAUCAGAAUCUUAUCACCGAGAACAAAGCCCUCGCGUCUCAACUCAAAGAGGAACGGGACGAAGUGAAAAGGCUAGAGAAGAGGCUGACGUUGCUGCGAGAGGAACUUGAUUUCGAAAGAUCGAAGAUCGAAGGGAUGAAACAAGAGGCAGAAGAAGUCAGAAAAAGGCAAAUGCCGACGGUUCAAACAAACGGAACGUCGACAACGAACAUCGUAAUAUCUAAGACUGAUCGUGGAGUUCAAGUCUGGGCGGUAUGCAUGGCUUGUCAAAGAAAACUGGAAAGUUGCGAGAAACAACCACCCACCGUCAUCAUCACCAAAUCGGAAUUGGAAGUGUUGGAAAAAGAUAUGCAGACUCUUCGAGAUACUAUAAUCGCGCGAGAACAAGCAUGGGACAAGGCCAUGGAACGCGAGCACAAUUAUAGGCAGCAGUUGACGCGACUCACCACGGAAACAAUCACGGCUCGUCACCUUUCUGACACGCGCUACGAAGAGCUCAAAACUGCGACAAACGCGCUGCAGGAAAAAGAAUCAGAAUUUAAAUCGACUCAAAAGGAUAACGCAUAUCUACAGAAAUUGAUCGCAAAGAUUUACAAUAGCUAUCAAAGAGGGCAAGAAGGAUAUCAGAGAAGCAGUUUGACAGCUGAUAUUAAUGAGAAAGAUCAGAGAUUUAUCGAAGACAUUGCUCGACGAGCAUCCAGCGGAAAAGGCAAACAGAAACCAAAAUUGAAAAGUUCCUGUUCGGAAAGAACCGCACAUUCUGCCGUUUAUCAAUACAGUCCUCGUGAUAAAAGUUCGAGAUCCGCUAAGGAUCAAGCAGGUUGUUUAAAAGAACCGAAGCGCUAAUAAUAACUCCUUCUUAACGAUAUCAGGAUCUUUUAUUGAAAAUAAGAAAAUAUGAAAUUUGUACAUGCCAAAAAUACAAUUUUUAAGCUAAA